AUGCAUUCGCGGCCCGAUCGAGGGCGGGAUCCUGCCCGCUACAAUUGCCGCCACGCCCACCGCCAUUCCGCCGGCCCCGCCGACCUCCGGAACCAGCAGAGUGCGGUCGCGGAGGGGACUGCUCGCGUCGGCCCGAAUCCCAACGACGCCCAGGUGACCCCCUCCCCCGCGUCGCCGGAGAUUGCCGCGGAGACCGUUGCGCGGGGGAUCGCGCUCGGGGUGAGCGCUGGCCUACCCGACCACGAGGAGAUGGGCGGCGAGGAGAACGGGGAUGCGCCGGGGACCGCUGAGCGCCCUCCCUGCGCUGUGGGGCUUCGCGACGCUCAGGAGAUGGGCGGCGAGGAGAGGGCUGCCGAGGAGGCUGACGCGGAGGCGAGCGCCCACGCUCCUGCCGCGGCUGACCGUCAGGGCGGCUUGACGCAACACGUGCAGGGGCCCACGAAUACUCCGGCGAGGUGGGGCGCGCGGCAGGCCGAUGAGGAAGAGUUAGCAUCCGCUCAAAGCGGCGGACGGGCUCGCUUGCGGAGGGAUGCGCAGGGACACGCGGUCCACCGCAGCCGACGCCAGCACGCCGACCUAUUGGGGACGAGGCGGAUAGGGCGCCCCUGGCAGGGCGCGCGGGAGCGGCGGGAGGAAGAGGAACGCGGGGAAUCCGCGUGGGACGCGGCAGCAUCCGCCGCGGACGACGCGGGAACGGGAGAGGACGCCGAGGUGGAGGAGCGCGCGGCACAAAUCGGCGCCGUACCGGCGCAAGCGGAUACGCGAGAACUGCAGAAAGGCUAA